AUGGCCGAGUACACAGCGCUCGUUGUCGGCGCGACAGGCGCGAUCGGCCGCGAGGUCGUCAAGCAGCUCGCCGCGUCUGUGCGCUGCACGCAAGUCGUCGCGCUCUCUCGUCGGGCGAUGGACGCGUCGGCGCUAGCGGCGGCCUUUCCCGGCGCGGCCGCGAACAAGAUCCGAGUCCACGUCGUCGACUACGACCAUCUCCAGCCGGCCGACGUCGCGGGCCAUGGCGCCACCGCCACGUUCUGCUGCCUUGGCACGACGCGCAAAGAUGCUGGGUCGGACGAAGCCUUCCGCAAAGUCGACUUGACGUACGUGGAAAACAUUGGCAAGCUUGCAAAGGACGCCAACCUCCCGUACUUUGCCUUGGUAUCGGCCUCGAAUGCCAACGCGGCCUCGUGGUUCCUGUACCCCAAAACGAAGGGCCUCGCAGAAGACGCCAUCAAGGCGCUCAGUUUUCCUCGCACGACGAUCGCUCAACCUGGCUUGUUGCAGCGCGGCGACCUCUCGCGUUUCGUGGAGCGCGUUGGGCACUGUGUUCUCCCGUCAGUGUCGGUGGCUGCAGUCGCCAAGGCCAUGGUCACAGACUACGAGACCAAUGGCGCGACCCCCGGACUCACAAUCCUCGCGCACAACGACAUGAAAGCUUUCGAGUAG